AUGGAACAGAACUUUCUCGAAGGUAACAUUCCAUCUGCUAUAGGGAAACUUCCAAAGCUUCAAAUAUUAGUAUUGUCUGAAAAUAGACUUUCAGGACAGAUACCUUCUUCUAUUGGCAAUCUCACUCUUUUGUAUGAACUCCGUUUAGAAGCCAACAACUUGAUGGAAGCAUUCCUUCCAACCUUGGAAAUUGUCAACAUCGGUUCCCUACCAAUUGAAAUCGGAAACUUGAAGAGUCUUUCCAUAUUAGAUAUCUCCAACAACAAACUAUCUGGAGAAAGCCCCUCCUCUAUUGGUGAGUGUAAUAGUUUGGAACAUCUUAUAAGGGAUAAUUUGUUUGAAGGAACCAUUCCUCAACCAUUGACUCUUUUGAAGGGGCUUCGAGAUUUAGAUCUCUCACUCAACAACUUAUCAGGGCAAAUCCCAAAAGGUGUAGAGAAACUUUCAGCCUUACAGAGUUUGAAUUUAUCCUUCAAUAAUCUUGAGGGAGAGGUACCAACAGAAGAAAUCUUUGGAAAUGCAAUUGCCAUUUUAGUGAAUGGAAAUGGUAAGCUUUAUGGGGGAAUUGCAAAGUUACAACUUCCUACAUGCACAAACCAUAGAUCUACAGAACAAAAAAAGUCCUAUGCUUUGAGAAUAGUUUUGGUGAUAAUCGGUGUGGUUUUUGGUUUUCUUUUGAUAUCCUAUUUUCUUACUCUUUUUUGGACAAGAAGAUCAAAAAGUAAACCUCUAUCCACGCCAUUAAUCGGCGACCGGUUCUUAAAGCUUUCUUAUAAAGAGCUCUUCCAAGCUACUGAAGGAUUUUCUUCAACUAAUUUCAUAGGUUCCUCUAGUUUUGGUUCUGUAUACAAAGGAAUUGUUAACCAAGGUAAAACCACUGCUGCAGUCAAGGUACUGAACCUCCAAAAUCCAAGGGUUUACAAGAGCUUUAUGGCUGAAUGCAGAGCAUUGAGAAACAUUCGACAUCGAAAUCUUGUCAAGAUUUUAACUUCCUGUUCAAGUCUUGAUUCAAAAGGCAACGAUUUCAAAGCCCUUGUUUAUGAGUUCAUGGUCAAUGGGAGUCUAGAUGAUUGGUUGCAUUUGCAGAUGGAGGAACAUAAUCAUUCAAAGAAUUUAAGCCUUCUUCAGAGAUUAAACAUUGCAAUUGAUGUGGCUUCUGCAUUGGAUUACCUUCAUUAUAAUUGUUAUGUGGAAAUUGUUCAUUGUGACUUGAAGCGAAGCAAUAUUCUACUUGAUAGUGAUAUGACUGCAUAUGUCAGUGAUUUUGGUUUGGCAAGAUUACUUUUAGAACCUGACAAACAAGCUCAAACUAGUACCAUUGGGAUAAAAGGAUCAAUUGGCUUUGCUGCUCCAGUUCUGUGUGUAAUAUCGUUCGCCACUGAUCGACACUCUUCCAUGAUGGUGGUUGCCAUGAACUGUGGUCUGGAUAGUGAAAAUGGUGAAACUGCCAACGACGAUGACAUAGCUUCUCGAGAGUAG